AUGAACCUAGGAAUCCCUUCAGAGAGACAGCAACAACAGAGACGGAAAUUGAGAGAUGAGCCCUUGGAGAAGGAUGACAACAGCAGAAUAAAUAUGACCUCAAAGCAAAGGCUGAUUCAGCUCACUUAUCUGAUUACAGUUGUGGACCUGGCCUGCAUGUUCAUGCAGUUUGGCAUUGUUCCAGUGAGUAUAUGGAGUAUAGAUUUUUACUAGCUCCACCCAUUACUUUCUUUUCUAAAGGAAAAAUGCUCUAGCAACUUCCUGAUCUAACACCAGCUCCCUGAUGCAGUAUAAGCAAGUGUAAGUGAACGUGAUUAAAAUCCCCACAUCUGUGUGUGUGUUUGUCUCUCAGCCUAGCCUACCUCACAAGGUUGUUGUGAAGGUGAAAGGGAUUGGGGAGAGAACCAUGUGCACCACCUUAAACACACUGGAGAAAAGGCAGGACAUACAUAUAUCAAAUGCUUAACUUCAGAAUCUACCAUAGAAGAGGAUUUGUGCAGGAAGAGUGUUUAGUUUGAUGAUGGUUCCUUGAUCUACUGUCAGUUGAUCUACUGUCAUAAACUUUGCAUUCCAAGGCGUGAGAGGCAUAUUCUAAAAUACUUUAGAGUAGACCUGUCGAAAUCAAUGUACUUACUUAAUUUAUUUCAGCAGAUUUAUUCUUUAGUGUAGCUUAAUUGGAUAGCACUCAUCUAUUUAUUUUUAAUGUUGCCUGAGUGGUGCAACUUCCACACUGUGUUAUAUAACCAGCAGUACCCUCUAAACGUGUGUGAGAAUGCUAAGUAGCUAAUGGGAACUGGUGAUCAAGUAAAGCACUCAUGCUUUUCACUAAUUACUUGUAAUGAACACCUAAGCUAAGCCUUUAACAGAUUCUGCUUGUGGUAUCUGCAUAUCAUACAGCCUUGGUCUUCUACUGGAUCAGGAGCCAAUCUAAAUGAAGUUGCACCAGAAGUACCACCAGAGAAGAGAAAGGAGGCCAUCUAUAGUAUAGGCAUACAUUCAUUGCGGGUCAUGUAUUGGUGCAGGCAGGUUGUGAUUAAAACUGCCCCCCCAAAAGAGUCUUACAAAUACUGCUCCCAGGUGUCCUGUACUGUUUUAGUGCUCUUUGGAGGACAAACUCGUAGGACAACAUAAUUGCUUGACUCAGCAAAGCUGAUGUGAGACUGAAGACAUGAUGUGGUUCUGUGCCACAGGGGGCAAUUCUGUUAGGUGACAGCAUGUUUUGAACCAGUGAAGGAGGCCAAAGGAGGUCCUCUGCUUUGGGGCUUAAGAGGACAUUAUUUUGGCUUGAAGGGUGACCUUACAAGUCCUGCUCAUGCGAAUUUAAGAGAUUGCACCAUGGCCUCACCAACAUUUUAUGAUUUAGUAUUAGUUUCCAUGUCAUUCAGAAAUACAGUAUAACAUACACCUUUCUCUUUGAUUUCACCCCCUUUCAGUAUCUGGCAACCAGCCUGGGUAUGGAUGCUGUUGAAUUUGGCUACUUGCAAACAGUCUUUGGUGUUCUUCAGCUUCUGGGAGGUCCCAUUUUUGGGAGGUAAAUAUAACAACCAUUCUUGGGAACCCUGUGGAAUGUCAGAAUUGUUUGGAGUUAAUAACACCAUUUUAUUUUUAGCUCAGGGAAAUAAUUUAAAUAGCCAUCUGGAUUUCCCAUACUGGCAGCAGGGGAAUGAAAGGCUCUUUUACUACUGUAUUGUAUACUAACCAACUCUAUAUCCCCCCCCUUUUUUUAAUGUUCUGAUUGCCGCUGGAUAUUAGCCAAUGCAGGAACUGUUAAUAAGCUGUAUGCACACAAGUAGCUGUUAAUGAUAGAAAAGGGAGGGAGGAAGCUGCACAACAAGGCCAGCAUUCAUUUCCAUUUCUUUUGUAUUUUUAAUUGGAUGUUGAAUGUGGGUAGGUAAGAAGUCAUAGAUUUGAAUGCUGACACGAUGAUUGCAAACCUUGUCUUUCAAAAUACAUCAAUCCGUGGACAAGGAUGAUAUCUGUGAUGUCGGAUUAACAGGAUUCUCAUUUGGAGGCUGGAUAGCUCAGCUGGUUAGAGUGUGGUGCUGAUAACACCAAGGUUGCAGGUUCGAUCUCUGUAUGGGGCAGCUGCAUAUUCCUUCAUUGCGGGGGGGGGGGGGGCUGGAUGCCUAUGGAACUGAUAGCUUACCUUGAGUGGAUGCUAACUGGCAGAGCUUUUCCUGGGAAGUGAGCAAUAAGGGUGACCUCCCCAGUGCCUUGGUGGUCCCUUGUGCUGGCCCCAGUGGCCCCAGCCAGCAGCCCCACUUCCUGGCUGGACCUGCUGACUUCUGCCUAUCGAAAGAGGCUCCACUAGCAGUGCUGCCACUAAAGCAUCAGCAAAAGGGGGAAAUGGAACCUGGGUUGGGGAGAGGUUUCUCCUGCCUCUACAGCAGAACAUCUCCCCCCCCCCCAAGGAAACCAGGAGGGAGGAGGAGGGGGCACUGCUGCCACCAUUGCCAUGAAGAGGAGGCAAGGCAGCAGAUGUGGGAGGGAGGGAGAGUUGAAGGCACUGGAGGAUCCACACAGUGUGAUUUGGCCCAGCCCCACCCAGGCACUCCUCAUCAGCCCUGUUGAACAGCCAACCUUCCCUAGGAUCUGUGUUUAUCUUAAAAGGCUGGAAUAACUUCUACAGUUUAGUGGAGUUUUGCUUUUAUUGCUGCACACCCUGUUCUGUUUCUGAAGAUGCUGCAUCUCUUUCUGUGCCAGGUUUGCUGACCAGUUUGGAGCCAAGACUGCCUUGGCCAUCUCAUACGUGGCUGGAUCUCUGUUCUUCUUGCUCCUGUCUGUAUCCACCAGUGUCCCUCUGCUCUUUCUGUCCAGGGUCCCCUCCGUCUUCAUGCAUGGACUACCAGGUGAUGUUAUUAGAUGAUGCAAACGUUAGCAUGGGUCAACUCAAGGGCUUUGGCUCCCAGAGUCAAACUAAGAAACUGCUGCUCGUGCACAUGUGGACGAUGUGGGUUAAGGUCCUGUCGAUACUGGGAGCAAUCUGGAGUUGAUCUCCCAAGGCAGGGGAUGAGAGGAAGUUUUUCGCCUCUCGGGCAGGUUGGCAUACAUCUGUGGUAAGAAGCCAUUUUACGAAAUGGCCACGGACCAAUCUUCUUGCAGCACCUCCCUCAUGAACUAAAGCACCCACAUUCAUAAAACUUGUCAAGCUAUAGAUUUGGGGGUGUAACGAAUCCAUGGUUCAUCAUGAUAUUCACCCAAGAACUCUGCCCCUGAAAUGCUCAGUAUCAUAUUUUUAAAAGGAAGAGCAAAGACUUUAGAUGGUACACGAUUAACCUGAGUUUCCCCUCCAUUUUUUAAACAGGUGCUCAAAUGGUGAUAACAGAUUUGACCACUGCUGACGAACGUGUUGAUGCUUUAGGAAAGCUUGGACUAUGUUUUGGGGUAGGAAUGAUCGUUGGAGCUUCCUUGGGGGGCACCUUAACCUCAAAAUUUGGGUGAGUGGUCAUGUCUUGUUUCAGUUAACCGCAAUGUCCUACUUUUGAAGGGAUGUACUGUUCUCCUUUGAAUUGCCAAAAAUUGAGGUUCUGAGGUAAUCUCAGUAUGCACAAAGCCAGUGGAACUUACUUCUGAGUAAGCAUGCAAUGGCAGGGCUAUUAUUAUCAUAGAUUUCUGUAUAUCUCACGAUGGUUUUCUACACUACAGAUUUAAGGUGUAUGUGGUUGGUGCCCAUUAUGAUCCAAUACAGUGGUACCUCAGUUUAAGAACAGCCCUGUUUACGGACUAUUCAGUUUACAAACUCCGCAAAACCAGAAGUAGUGUCCCAGUUUGCGAACUUUACCUCAGUCUAAGAAUGGAAGCCAAACGGUGGAAGGGCACCGGUGGCGGGAGGCCUCAUUAGGGAAAGUGUGCCUCGGUUUAAGAACAGAUUUGGUUUAAGAACGGACUUCAGGAACGGAUUAAGUUCAUAAACCAAUGUACCACUGUAGUUUGUAAGGCAGCUGAGCAAACUUAUUUCACCCCAACACAUGUUACAACUAUGCACUCUCAUCGCAAGUAUUAAUUGAAAAGCAGAAUUGAACGUAUAAUUUUAUAAUGUUGGACUAUGUGUAUAAUUUAUGGCGAAAUAAUUUUGGUUUGAAAUAAGUGUAGACAAAGAGUAUAUGGAGAGUCUGGAAACAGAAAUCUUGGAAUAAUUUAAAUCAAAGUCCAGAGCAGGCAAAAUGGGGCUCAUCUGGCUUUAAAUCUCUGGAGGGAAAGUGUGAACAUAUUUGUCCAUUAGAUGGCACUGUUUCACAGCCAUAAUUCCCCCCCUUGUUGGUUUUGUGUUCUUUGGCUGUGCAUCAAUGAUGCUUCAGCUAUCAACCAUCUUAUAUUUUUUAGGGGGCUGGAAAGGGAAAAUACCCCACUGUCCUGUUUCUUGAGCAUUUAGGUUUGUUUGUGUCUUUAAAAAAAAUAAUAAUGUGUGAAGUCUCUGUGUUCCUUCUUCCCUGUGACAGGAUGUGCACCUUUCCUUUUAAAAAGGACGAGAGGUUCAAACUGCUACCCUUCCAUGUGCGGGUGGCGCUGUGGUCUAAACCACUGAGCCUCUUGGGCUUGCUGAUUAGAAGGUCAGCGGUUUGAAUCCCCACAAUGGGGUGAGCUCUCGUUGCUCUGUCCCAGCUGCUGCCAACCUAGCAGUUUGAAGCACACCAGUGCAAGUAGAUAAAUAGGUACCGCUGUGGCAGGAAGGUAGAAGGCAUUUCUGUGCUCUCUGGCUUCCGUCACGGUGUUCCGUUGCGCCAGAAGUGGUUUACUCAUGCUGGCCACAUGACCCGAAAAGCUGUCUAUGGACACAUGCCGGCUCCCUCGGCCUGAAAAGCGAGAUGAGCCCCACAAUCUCAUAGUCACCUUUGACUGGACUUAACCGUCCAGGGGUCCUUUACCUUUUACCUUUUACCUUACAGCAAGUUACAUGGUAGUGGGAAAUAAAUAGUGCCCUUUUAUAAUUAUUGGGCUGUCUUUGGUCUUGUGAACCGCCCUGAGGUAUACGGGGCUUAGGGCAGUAUAACAAUUUAAUAAAUAAUAAUAAUUAAUAAUAAUAAUCAGCACACAGGUUUUCAGUCAUUCUGCUUCAAAACAGAUCAUCCUCUACUACCCUUCUUGCCCCUGCAAUUCCCUCUCUGGGGCUUUAGACAGGAACAUAGGAAGCUGCCUCUUUGUGAGUCCGGCUGCUGCUUCAUCUGGCUCAGUACUGUCUAAACUGACUGGCAGCAGCUCCCCAGGGUGUCAGGCAGAAACUUCUCCCAGCCCUACCUGGAGACAUUAGGGAUUGAAUCUGGGACUUUGUGCAUACAAAGCAGGUGUUCUGCCCACUGCGCUGCAACUCUUCUCCCAACCAAAUCUGCUAAAAGUCCCCCCUUUCACUCAACUUUUAAAGGAGCAAGAAAGAGCCCCAUCUCCCUUUUCAUCUGGCCACCCUGAAGAGAAUACCUUUACCACUCUCACUGUCAAGAAACAGCCACAGCUGAGGACCAACCAAAAUGCCAUUUAGGAUGCUUUGAUGUAAUGUCCACUAGAUGGUGCAAAUGUCUUGGGAAGAAGGAGAGGAAUAGUACCAUCAAGGCUUGUUGUGGAGAUUUGUCGGUGGUGGUGGGGAGGAACCCAAAAAGUUCUGGAAGUUUGUGACACACACACACAAAAUCAGUGGUAUUUUACACAGUAAUGAGAACAAAAAAAGGACACGUGUGCAUGAUGAUUUUCUUGAGUCAAAAUGAGAGUACCCUGAACAUUUUUUUAAGAAAAAAGAACUGGUUUUAUGUAGUAGGGUUGAAAAGAAGAGAGAAAGAUGGGCAGAAUCAGAGUGGGAGAUGCUUCUCACUCCCCAAAAAUAUAUUAAGUGUCCUUUCUGCAGCGAACAGAUGACAUACAGCCAUAAGUAAGACAAAAUAAAACAAAGCAACACAAUAAGAAAAAAUGCAGAAACACAAUUGGGGCACAUUCAGACCAUACAUUUAACUGAGGUUGCCAUAUUUCAAAAAGUAAAAACCAGGACACCCCGAAAGCUUCUUUUUAGACAAACCCAACAAUUCAGUUUCAGUUACCUAAUACCCAGGACAAAGCACCACCUUUCAAAGAUUCCCCCCAGACAUAAAUGACACCUUUGAAAUCCCAGUAAUGUCUGGGAAAAUCUGGACAUAGGGCAGCCCUAAGUUAACAGUCAUGGCUUCUCCCAAAGAAUAUUGGGAGCUGUAGUUGUUUAAGGGCGCUGAGAGAUGUUAGCUAAACCACUCUUUCUGGGUCUCCUGUCGUUCCCUCUUCACAGGGAACUCUGGGAAUUGCAGCUCUGCGAGGGGAACUCCUAACACCUCUCAGCACCCUGAGCAAACUACAGUUCCCAGGUCUCUUGGGGGUAAGUUAAAGUGGGAUCACAGUGCUUUCAAUAUAUGGUAUGAAUGUGGCGUCAGCCACUGACUGCAUAAAAGCAAAUUGCCUUGAGAAGGACUUUAUGAAUGGCAUCUGUGGCCUUUAAAAAUGGGAGCUUGCAAAUAAAUGUUCUUUCUAGACUACCCUCUCCUGUGACAGUGUUGUGUUACACUGCGGUCCUCUACAUGCUCAGCCAGAUAUAAAUCUCAUUGUUUUGAAUGGGGCUUCCUCCCAGGAAGAAUGCAUAGGAUUGCAGCCUUUCUUCGCCAAAGGUAGCUAGUCACAUUUGAAGUCCUGCAUUUCUUAAGGGCAGGUCUGCAGUGUCUUCUGAACAAGCUCUCUGAGUGCUCCAAUGUGCAUGCGGAGUUAUUUAAUGUGCAGACUGUCCCAUUUUGUUAUUGUUGGGGGGGGGGAGCAGAUCCAUCCACACACGCAAAUGGGGAUGGCCUUGCUGUUGGCAGGGCUCUAGCGGAGAAGACUGGAGUUCCUGCGAACGAAACCACGGGAUUGGCCAUACUUCGUGCCCUCCUCUUAACACAUUCCAAAGUUUUGUUUUUAAAAUGGCCCAUUUGUGUUAAUUGUUGCAUAAUUUCCUAUAAAGUCCCACCAGCUUUCUGUUAUGCAUUCAUGCUUUACUGUCCUGGAAUGGUUUUUCUGUUUGUUUGCUGUGAUGCCAUAGGGAAAGAAUGUCCCUCGGGUUUUCUGCCCACUUUGCGUUUUCUUCUCACUAUUAUUCAAGUGUGUGUGGCAUUGACAUACUUGUGCUUUAAAUGCAGAAGAGGAUAAAAUUUUUGUUUGGUUCUUAGACCUAUGUCCUUGGUCCUUCAUAGGUAGUGAAUUUUAGGACAGUCUGCACUGGCAAAACCUGUCCUCUAUUUUCUUGAAGCUUAUUUCCACCUGCGAAAUAAGCUUCCGUUUCUCUCCCUCUUUCUGAGGACUCUCCCGAAUCCCUUUAGAAUAUUGGUGGGUGGAGAGUUGAGCUCACUUUGUUGUGACAAGGUGCCUGUGAGUGGCAUGUGGGUGUUUCUCUUCCCAUUUAACGUUUCUCGUGCCACUUCACUCACCAGCACUAUGGCACCUGCAAAACAUCUCAGUAAAUAUCCCCUCAGAAAUCCACGCUGCACCCCAGCGUGGGUAGCAUGCGCACACCAUUUUGCAUUCCUGUUGCUUUUUCUGCUCUCUUAGAUGUGGCAGCCAUUUUGUGUUGCGCCACUCCCGUAUUCAUUUUGCACCCUGCCACUCACCCCAUGACAGCCAUUUUGUGGCUGACGUUCAUGGCACUUGCACUAAAUUCUAAAUGCUUUGAAGCGGGCUGGCGAGGGAGGCUGGCUGCCGAGCACCUGAGAGUGGUGCACUCACUUUUGUCUUAAGAGAAGUCCUUGUUGCUUCCCCCAACCAACACCCAGUGCCCAAACUUAGAUCAGGUUACAGGUUACAUGGUUAAGAAGUGACAGCAGAGGUCUAAGAUGCAUAGCUAGGCAGAAGCUAAGUCAUUGUCCCAACACUUGAUGCGCCUCCUGGGCCCCCUUUUUGAAGGAUGGGGCAGGCACAGUAAUUUGUGUGGUUGUUUCCCCACGUCACAGGACUGGGCAACCAAGCAGGCAGUCCUACAAGUAGACUGGGUCUACAAGGUCUGCUGAUGCCAGCACAGCAUCCUUGGCAAUGGAGGCAGAGUUGACACAGCCAGCUCACUGUUCAUUUUAGCCUCAGGUGCCUCUCCAGAGGAGGUGGAGGCAAGUCAGGCAGCUUUCCCGUGGCGGUCAGGGUAUCCAAUAUUACUGAGGCAGACCUCUUCUCUGAUAACCCAUUCAACCCCUCCCUAACAUCUAGAUCAUCACCUCCCAAACCUCUGGGCACAUCCUCAGCACCCACUUCUGCACUCUCGUUCAUUCCUCCUCUGCCUUACCCAUGUAACAUCAAGCAUGUAUUUAUGGGAGAUGUGUGAAGAUUAAUAAAAAGGUAAAGGGACUCCUGACCAUUAGGUCCAGUCGUGACCGACUCUGGGGUUGUGGCGCUCAUCUCGCUUUAUUGGCUGAAGGAGCCGCCGUACAGCUUCUGGGUCAUGUGGCCAGCAUGACUAAGCCGCUUCUGAUGAACCAGAGCAGCACACGGAAACGCCGUUUACCUUCCCGCUGGAGUGGUACCUAUUUAUCUACUUGCACUUUGAUGUGCUUUCAAACUGCUAGGUUGGCAGGAGCAGGGACCAAGCAACGGGAGCUCACCCCGUCGCAGGGAUUUGAACCGCCAACCUUCUGAUUGGCAAGCCCUAGGCUCUGUGGUUUAACGGACAGCGUCACCCACAUCCCUGUGAAGAUUAAUAGGUGGGCAAAAAAUGACAAAGUAAAGUGUCCUUAGCCUGCCCCACACAUGUGCUUCUUCCAUGGUACCCAUAAAAGGUUUGGAUCCAAGCCAAACUGACAACUAUCUAGGUACGGAUGGGUGCUAGACUUGGAGGCUUCUACUGCUGGCAGCUUUGAUCGCUGAGCAGCUGGGAUGUUCUGUACCACCAUACUGGCUCGGACAAUAGGUCUAAGAGCUUUUCCACCCUACCAGUGCAGUGUGAUACUGGUUAUUAAUUAGAUGAAAUGGGGUGCCAUUCUUACUUGCUUACAAAAGGCCGUUCUUUCUCCAUGUUUAUUGCUUGUAACUUAGCAGUAUCGGCUCCGGAGAAUUAUCACGAAAUUCCUUCUUUCUCCAUCACGUUGGUGGAAUGGAAAAUAUGUGGGUGUUUAAAGGGGUUAAGCUUGGACCACGGCUGGAACAGGGCAAAAGGCUAGAGCUCUCUGCUCUGCUUCUAGACAAUUUACCCAUUCUGGCUUGAGAAAUCUCUCUUUCUCUGUGUUACUGUAGAAAUGCUGGUAUUUCUCAGCCUAGAAUGGUUAUGCUGAUUAGCCAAGCGGUUUGCAUGGGUGACCCAGGACACAAAAAAAUCCUUUGUUCUCGAUGACAAGGCAUUUUGGAAGCUCUGGUUCCCAUGGGAUGGGGCCAGACUGUUCUUAAACUGUAGAGGAAUUUUGGUAGAUGACUGUUGCCUGCUGAAGAUUACACCCUUCUCCGGAUCAUUUAUCCCAGAAGGCCUACCUGCACCCUGGUACAUGUGUGUAUCUCUCUCUCUCUCUCUCUCUCUCUCUCUCUCUCUCUCUCUCUGUGUGUGUGUGUGUGUGUAUGUAUGUAGUUGUGUUCUACCUCCAAUCUCUGCUGAGCUGUGGCAAGAUUUCAGGGUUCCAAGUGCUCACCCAGGGUCUGUCUUCCUUUGGUGAAUUGAAGAUACAGCAGAGGCCGUCAUAGCUUUAAGAAAUAUGAUUUAUUCACAUAUUUAUAUCUGAAUUUAGAUGGAGGGAGUCCAGAUCUUACAGCAUGGUCAUCUCAAGAGUGGCUUGUUCACAGCAGCAAUUCAGCCCUGUACUCGAGGGCAUCUUUCCCAGCUUCCCUUCAUCCAGCCUGACCAAAGAUGGAACUCUUGUCUUUUCUUCUCCCCCUUGUUCUCUGCAUUCCUUGCUAAAGACACUCUUUCCCUGUCACCUCUCUCACACACCCUGCCACCUUUGGGAACCUCCUGUCUUCCCAGACCCAAGGAUUCCUCUUAGAUGGGCCAUCAACCCCUUUUGUCAUAUUAACAGCUUGGCUUAUCCCCAGCUAGCCAUGUGAAGCUGCCUGGGCUUGAGAUCCUAAGUGGAAUGGAAGAGCCCUUGGCCUAGUUGUUAAUGGACCAAACUUUGCUUGUUUUUGAAUUUGCAUGAAUUUAUGAGUGUGCUCAAAUUUUAUCUAUUUACUGACCCUAGAGAUUAUGGUGAGCACGUCCCUCCCCAAACUUAACAUCAUAGAGACAGAGACAGAGAGUACCUGGUGGAUCAGGCCCAUUUAAUCCAGCACUCUGUUCUCACAGUGGCCAAGCAGAUGCCUCUGGGUAGCCCACAAGCAGAACAUGAAUGCAACAGCACUUAAAACAUUACUAGCCUACUCUUCAUUACUAAAGCAACCACAGAGCAGGUUACAAUCAAAUCAAACCAAAAUACUUAAUACAACUAUCUGAUAAGAAAACCGUCAAACCAUAAACCCCACCAAUAACAACUGAUAGAAUAAUUAUAGAAUUGUAGAGAUGGAAUACUUUGGAAUACUUUGGCCACCUCAUGAGAAGAGAAGACUCCCUGGAAAAGACCCUGAUGUUGGGAAAGAUUGAGGGCACAAGGAGAAGGGGACAACAGAGGAUGAGAUGGUUGGAUAGUGUUCUCGAAGCUACCAGCAUGUGUUUGACCAAACUGCGGGAGGCAGUGGAAGACAGAAGUGCCUGGCGUGCUCUGGUCCAUGGGGUCACGAAGAGUCGGACACGACUAAACGACUAAACAACAACAAUAACAAAGAGUUGGAAGGGACCACGAGGGUCAUCUAGUCCAGCCCCCUGCAAUGCAGAAAUCUUUUGCCCAACCUGGGACUCAAACGCAUGACGCUGAGAUUGGCCCAAUGAAGAAGAAGAAAGAAGCAGCCUGCAUGUGGGGAGCCUUUUGUCCUCCAGAUAUUGUUGAACUACAACUCCCAUCACCCCUGACUAUCGGCUGCUCAGAGUGGCUGGGGCAACCCAGUCAGAUGGGCGGGGUAUAAGUAAUAAAUUGUAUUAUUAUUCUGAUGAGAACUGUAGCAACAUCAGGAGGGUCAGAAGUUUCCAUCACCUGCCCUAAGGGCUGCCUUGAACCGGAUCUGUAAAAGGAAUGGAUUUGCAUUUUUCUGUUUGACUUGCGCUCUGGGAUUUAGUAGGGUCAGAGCACUUGAAACCACAGGUCCUGGAUGCUUUUCUCAGUUUCAGCAAAACAUUCUGUUCCCUGGUCCCACCUCUCAUUGCAAGAGAGAGCUAUUUGUUUAGGUUCUGACAGAGCACACAUACCUCACCCGGCAAUUUCCCUGGAGGAAUGUGCUGUCGCACAAGGGCACACCGCUUUCUCCUUUUCCUAGGUAAGAACAUCCUGAGGAGUAGCUGAGUGAAAAAAAAAGUAACGAAGGAUCUGGUGGCCCCUGGAAGACUUAACACAGGGGUCAGCAACCUUUUUCAGCCGUGGGCCGGUCCACUGUCUCUCAGACUUUGUGGUGGGCUGGACUAUAUUUGGGGGGGGGGGAAUGAACGAAUUCCUGUGCCCCACAAAUAACCCAGAGAUGCAUUUUAAAUAAAAGGACACAUUCUACUCAUGUAAAAACACAAUGAUUCCUGGACCGUCCGCAGGCUGGAUUGAGGAAGCGAUUGGGCCACGUCCGGCCCCCGGGCCUUAGGUUGCCUACCCCUGACUUAACAGAUUAAAGUCCACUUCACCAGACUUAUCUGACUUUAGUCCAUAAAAGACCAUGUAACAUAAAUCUGCUGGCACAUCUUAUUCUUCUUCCCUGAGUCCUGAUCAGUGCGCAAGCUAAAUAUCUAGGAUUCUGUCUGCCAUCCUCUGCGUUAACCCUCUGAGUGAUGGGUAGGGAGCCUGUGGCCCUCCGGAUGUGGUUGGACUCCAAAUCCCAUCAUCCCUCACCACGGGCCGGGCUGAUCUGGAGGGUCUCCAUACUUGCCCUGAGCAAUAGCCUCCUGUGCAAAGCAGGAGGUUAUAACAUAAUAUUUCUGAAUUUUAACUUUCCUUCAAAAUAUACCGUAUUUUUCAGGUAUACUGUAAUUGUUAUUCAAUGUUCAUAUAUAAAACACUCAGGCUGCAGUCGUCCUGUCUAUCCAUAUUUACUUGAGUGAGCCCAUGUAGGCAACCCCUGCCUUAGAGCCUCUGAAGGCUUUUUUUCCUCAGGGCACAGCAGGGUUUAUAAUAAUUUCCUACUUCCUUUACUUCUUUAGGUAGAGAAUGGCAUUUAUUGUGUGCUUAUUAUGCUUUACUGCUAUGUUUUACUGUCUUGUCUACAUUCUUUACAAAGUUAAACUGAGUCUCGAGUUUUCUUCUGUUUUCCCCCUUUUAAAUAAUAAAGCAGUUCAUGCUGUUGCUUCUUUUUUUAAAAACCCCAUCAGUUUUUGUUUGUUUACAAAUCCUACCCAACAAACCCUGUCUCAUUCCACCCCAAUCCAAUGCUUCCUGACACUCUGCCCCUCAGCAAAUCCUCUUGCCAUGUUAAAACCACAACAUUUUAAAAAAAGAACAAUCAGAUCUCUGUGGUCCAAAUAUCAAAUGUACACUGUUUCCGUGGCUAAAUGCGGGUGUCAGUUUCACCACAAUUCUCUUAUGUAAAAUUCCCAUCAAUUACCAUGCCAGUUUUUGAGUGUGAGUAUGCCAAGGUAUGUGAAGCAUCCACAUUCUGAAUAUUUCCUUUACAGCUGAGACCCAGCCUGGUUUAUGAAUGGCUGUCUCCAUGCUCACCAGGGAGAACCGCGAAUCAUGUCCAAACUUGCUUUUACCUGGGCAAUGAGGUGUUGCAGCAACAGGAUAGGAAAAGGUGGUGUGAGGUAUCAUUUCCACAUGCCAAAUCAAACUCUGCCUUGGGUUAAACCCUUGGGAAACCCAGCCAGAUGGGCAGGGUAUAAAUAAUAAAUUAUUGUUGUUAUUAUUAUAGUAGGAAAAUUGAACCAAAGGGAGGCUUGGGAAACCAACUUGCUCUUUCCUCUUUCAUAGCUCUGCUCGUUCCUAGUCAUCAGAAGUAACCAGAUAAUUUUCUUCUCAGAUAUAGUAUGAUCUUCUUAUGGCUGGGGGUAACCAACAUGGCGUGUUCCCGAUUUUGUGGACAACUCCCAUCAUCCUCAACAAUUGACUAUGCUGGAUGGGGACUGAUGGAAGUUGUAGUCAGGGCCAGCCAUUUCAUUAAGCUGAUUGAGGCAACUGCCUCACACAGCAAAUACUCAGGGUGGCAGAUACCCUUUGAGUCUCCUAAGGUAGUCUCCACCUCAUAAGAUAGCCUGAUUCCUUGAGGCAUUGUGGAGGAUAUUGUCCCCAAAUCACUGCUGAAGUGAGGUCCCAUCCACACCGUACAUUUAAAGCACUUCACUUCCCCCCAAGAAUCCAAGGAACGGCAUUGGGUUAAGGGUGCUGGGAAUUGUAGUUCUGUGAGGGAUAAACUACCAUUGUUGGAAUAUUUUAGAAGAAACCAUGACUGUUAAAGUAAUAUAAAUGUGUUUCAAAUGUGUGGUGUGGAUGAGACCUAAGAUUCAGUUGCCAACCUAGUUGUCUUUGGCAGAAUAUUUGAGCUGCUUCUGUUGGAUUAUUUUAGACUGCAGUCUUAUUCACUAUUACCUGAGUACAGUGGGAUUUACUUCUAGUAAACAUGCAUAGAAUUGGACAGGCUGUGAUCAGCCCUUUGACCUGAGGUAGGAUGGCCAGUUUAAUGGAACAGAAGAUGGAGUCGGGGUUUUGUUUCCCACUCCAAUGCAUUUAGGUCCAAUGCUGUUAGGUCUGCUCAAAAUGAAGCUAAAAUCCCUGUAAAUUAACUGCUACCUUGAUGGUGCAUCAUGCUUUGAUGUGCCUUAGCUGUUGGUAUUUUUAAAAGUGAAAGCUAAUAAAUGGCAUUUUGACUUCCUCCUCCAGCAGCUGACUUAUAGAUAUGCAAAAGAACCAGCCUUGAGUGAUUUAGGAAUAUAAAGGUUUUUUUGUUUGCCCUGUUCCUUAUGUCACCGCUCAGUGAUGCAAAUGCCAGCCCCAUGGAAGGGCACAGAAGAAAAGCCUUUCACAUCCCUGACUCGUUCCGGAAUAUUCUCUCUCCAAUGUUCAUGACUAGCAGCUCUUUGAUCUACACGGACAUGGCCUAGCUGCCAAUGAACAAGAGGAUUUCUACAGCAUCGCGAAAGCAAAACAAAGCCCCAAAGAACACAAGGCUAAUGUUUCAUCCAGACAAUAUGUUCCGGCAACUGCCAAACUGUUAUUCCGUUGGCCACAGGCAAGGACAGCUGUCCCGUUUCCCCGGAAAUUUCACGUCAGAGUUCAUGGGUUCAUUCCAGAGCAGGAAAUGAUGUGGUUUAUUUCAUUCCUGGGGUCUACUGUGAUGCAGGAGCUGCAUGUCGUGGCUGAUGAGCUAAGUGGGGAAGAGGAAGGGCAAGUAAGCUUCCCCUUUGUAUAGGACUAGGACUUGAGUCACACAGCCGCACCAUGCUUUUGUUAAAGGUGCUGAGAGUUAGGAAACCCCUUACAGCGUUACAGUUCCCCAGCACCCAUAACAAACUAAAGUUCCCAGGAUUCUUUGUGGGAAGUCGUGGCUGUUAAAGUGGUGUAAGAGUGCUUUAAAUGUAUAGUGUGGAUGUGGCUUCAGAAGAAGAAAACAUAUGAAGAAGACCUCUCGUAAAAAUGUGUUGCUUAUCAUAAAAACUUCUAACCACCAUGGUAAACAUUGUACCAGUUGAAGUUUCCGAUUGGCAUUAGAAACAGCAAGUCUUUCUCCUGAGACCCUGUUCUAAACAGAAGAUGCAGACCCUGUUGUAAUACAAAAAGGAUGAGAGGUGGGUUUGUUACGUUGAACUUUAUUUGAAUCAAGGACAUUGCCAGCACUUUUCUUAGGAGUGGGUUGACUCCCUGUGCGUUGAAUUAUUCGUUAAUACCAGACCUUCCAGGAGAGGAAGGCCUUUAGGUGACCACAGGGACAGUGAGUUUUUAUAUCUAAGAAAAGACGUUUAAAGAUUUCUAGAAUCUUUCCUUGCUGACACUGAAAGCUGAAAAGGUGCCCUGAUAAUAUGACUUUUAGAAGAAGCUAUAGGCUGCAUACACACCAUACAUUUAAAUCAUAUUUAAAUAACAGCCCCCUACCCAAGAAUCCUGGGAACUGGUAAUUUGUUAAGUGCCCUGGGAUUUGUUGCUCUGAGAGUUAAACUACAUUUCCCAGGAUUCUUUGAGGGGGGGAUAUAAUUUAAAUGCAUAGUGCAUAAUAUGCAGCCAGUUGUAAAACUAAUGGAGAGCUGUGGGGUAGAUAUACCUCAUAAUUAAGGACACCUUUUAUCAAAUAAAUCCCAAAUAAAUACAUGACAUGAGUAAUGAAUAGCUGUGGGCCUCAUUCACAUUUCUUCCCCACUUUAUCAUUUGGAACUAUUUCAAAUGUAAUUGCCAUGUGGCAUAAGGCUUUCAUUGACUCUGAACUUUAUCUCAGAUGGAGAGGAAUGAGGAUGUGAUUGUCCUGUUGCUGUGCAAUUUAGGCUGACUGCAAAAAGGAAGCUGGACAUGUCCAGGCUUGCUUUAUUCAGCCCUGGCCUGAUUUGUUUGGAGAGGAAUCUGUCACUGAUAGGCCCCCCUCCCCACCAAGACCCAACAAUGACAGGAAUUUUUAGUGGGAUAGGGGAUCCUAUGUCAGUAAUGACUGCUUGAAACCAUUCCCUGUCACAGAGACAAUUUGUUCCUUUCUUUAUAAUCCUGAGAGAGUGGAUGGCCCCCAGAACAAGGUGACCUACUUUGCUACCCUGUGGAAACCAAAAGAGCCACAAAAUUAGUGCUGGUUUGCUCUAGGGUGCCUCCAGAAUGUCACUAUUUUGCACACGGGGUUCAGGAAUGUACCAGAAAUUUAUGUUUGCCCAAAUAAAGUGCAUCUAAGUUCUCUAUAGCCCUGGAGCAACAAAUUCAUUACAUUAAACAAACAAACAAUCAAACCAGACUUUUUGCUAUUAGGAAAGUGACAGGGGGAAUGUGCUGAAAAGCAUGGGAUGAGUGAAUGAUGAAUGGGAAGACAUCUGAAUCAUGAUGCGGGGUCGAUCGUAUAACUUUCCCACUAAUAAAUCAGAUUGAAUGCUCAGUAAAGACCAGAUGUAGUCUAACCUCUAAGCUUUGUGUGAGUGGUUCAGGAUGAAUGCUCAAUAAAAAGGUCAUCUGGAUGAUACCUAACUUGGGCUGUGUUCACGCUCCCAUUUAUUGUGCACUCUGCAUUUCCACUGCUGGGUUUUUAAUCCGUGUUCAAACUAUGUUAUUCAAAACAGUUUGAAUGUGGCCUAACAGUGCAAUUCUAACCUUGUGAUUAAGUCCUGUUGAAUUCAGUGGUGCUUAUUCCCAUGUAAGUGUGGUGAGGAUUGCAGCUUAAAUUGCCUGUAUCAUCCUGCCAAUGGUGAGGAGAAUUUUCCCACUAGAUUUACCACUCUUUGUGCCCAUCUAGCUAGCACAGACAGCCUUUAAAGCAUAGCUGUCAACUUUCAGAUUUGAAAAUAAGGGAUCAGCAGCCUCGAAAAUAAGGGAUCAGCAGCCUCACCUGUCCCAGGGACAGUCUACGGGAUAGCAGCGGGAAGCGCAGGAAACGGCGCUGGAAUAAGGCAAUUUCCCACAAAAAAAGGGAAGGUUGACAGCUAUGCUUUAAAGCAAUGACCACUCCCUUCGGCAAUCCUACAUAUUGAGUUGAGCUUCUCACCCUUUUUCUGCCUGAUAACUGGGCAAGCCUCCUUGGACACAGUCUGUAAGCCAUAUAAAACUAGGAAAAUUGUAAACCUCCUGAUGUUUGAGGCUUCAACUCCCAUCAGCCCCAUCCAAUAUGGCCAAUGGCCAGAGGUGAUGGAUAUUGUGGUCCAGAAACAUUUGGGAGGCCAGAGGUUGUAACACGAUAACUGCACACAAGUUUUGUAUUGCUUUGAUUUCCCUGACAUAAGGCAACUGUAGUAUGUGCAGCAUCAGAGAAAGCAACUAAUUGGAGGUGUUGUAAAAAUAGUAACAGAAGAUUCCUCCUAAUGACUAUAACAAAAGGGCCUGUCCAUUCAGGCAGACCUUACAAGCCUUAAUUAAGGGCUUCAGCUUCUGCCCGGUUUAAAUGAUGUGAUUCAUACUGCUAGCUUCAAGAACUACUGUUUCAGGAAAUAUAUCUGCUUAACAGAUAAUAUCACUUGCUUGGAUGAAGAUAUGUCAAGGGACCAUACAAGAAGUAUAAGCAAGGACUUGAUUAUUCUCAGCUAAUUGCAACUGUCUCCACUGAAAAGUGUUGCAUUUGUGUUCACAUCAGAUGAUGUGAAAGUUCUGCAUGCUGUGAUUGGUUUCUGGCUGCUUUUUCACACCACCAAGUAUGCAAAUGACUAAGGUGCCUGUGAACUGACAUCCUGAAUCUCAAGUUCCCUUUCUUCUGAUGGAGUCACUCACUCACUCAGGGGGUUCUGGAUCUACAAUGUUGAGCAUUCUAGAUCAAAGUGGUCCAUGUGGCACAGAACCAGCUCAAGCUGUUUAGUACAUAUAGCUGGCUUCCCACAUGCACUUUGGGGAUGGCCUUUUCAGAAAACACACCAACUUUUUCACAGGGUAUUUCUCAUACUUCCCACAUCCCUGAUUAUGCUUCAUUUGUAGAAACUGCCGUGUGGAAUGUCCUGUUUGUAGGCUUCCCCUCUAAGGCAUCAGUUUGGCCACUGUGGGAGACAGGAGACAGGCCUUCAAACUGAUCCAGCAGGAUUAUUUGUAUGUUAUCUCCCCCGGCAGAUGGUACACUUAUUGUGAAGCUGAUAACAUCUGAUUGCAAACAGAGUGGGGGAGUCAUUUAGGUAGGUGUGAUAUAUCUUUAGCUGCUAUAUUUCUAUAGCAUCUGUGGACUUCAGGGUAUGUUACAAACAUCAAUAAAUACAGUCAUACCUUGGGUUACAGCCGCUUCAGGUUGCGUUUUUUUGGGUUAUGGACUGCCGAAACCUAGAAGUACUGGAACGGGUUACUUUCGGGUUUUGGCGGUUGCACAUGCGCAGAAGCACUAAGCAUGCUUUGCGCAUGCACAGAAGCGCCGAAUUGCAACCCGCACAUGCGCAGACAUGCCGCAGUGGGUUGUGAACGCUGCGGGUUGCGAACGUGCCUCCUGCACAGAUCACGUUUGCAACCCGAGCAUCCACUGUAUAAUACUAUGGCUAUGAGGCAUUAGAGCCAAGGAACCGCAUUAUCUAGAUCAAUGUAAUGCUGACCUUUAAAGCCCUAAAUGCCCUCAGCCCAGUAUACCUGAAGGAGUGUCUCCACCCGCAUUAUUCAAACCCAGACAUUGAGGUCUAGUGCCGAAGGCCUUCUGGCGGCUCCCUCACUGUGAGAAGCGAAGUUACAACGAACCAGGCAGAGGGCCUUCUCGGUAGUGGCACUCACCCUGUGGAAUGCCCUCCCAUCAGAUGUCAAAGAAAUAAACAACUAUCUGACAUUUAGAAGACAUCCGAAGGCAGCCCUAUUUAGGGAAGUUUUUAAUGACUGAUGUUUUAAUGUAUUUUUAAUAUUUUGUUUGAAGCUGCCCAGAGUGGCUGGGGAAACCCAGCCAGAUGUGCAGGGUAUAGAUAAUAAAUAAUAAUUAUUAUUAUUAUUAUUAAAAUUGAAAUGACUCCUCCAGAAAAAGUCUGUUGUGUUUUGCCAACUCAAAAUUUCCCAAGAAUGAAUUUUUACUACUGUACUGAGUAGUGAAGGCAUGGAAUAAGGGUUCCCUUCUCUGCAUUUUCGAGUGUUUUGAAGUCCACAACUAGACCAGGAUUGCAUAGGAGAAUUGGUAAUAGAGCUCAUUUGAGGACGCACUUAACCUAAGUGGGCUGCAAAGAACUUCCUGAAUCACCAUCUUAAGACCGUGACACACUUGAAGCAAAGCCUGUUUGUCAGCCAGCUGGAUGAAAAAUCCAUUAAAUACUGCCAGCGUAAAAUUGUGUUAUUGCAUUUUUAAAAAGAAGAGUCCCAAGGUCCACCUGCCAGGAGAAAGUAGACAACCUGGUUUACAUUAGCAAAGAUAUUUUUGAACUCUGCAUUUUUCCUGCUCAAUGCAUAUGAAAGUAAUUGACACUCCAGAUUUAAUGAUGCUGAGCUGUUAUGGAUGAAAUGUGCAAAUCCUCCCACAUUGUGGUCAAGUGUAACUGAUCUGCUUCUCUUCCUGUAAUUAAACCAGAGUUUUUUAGAAAAUUGCUGCUCUCAGUUCCCGCAGUGAAAUUGGCUGGCAACGUCAUGUUGCUCCCCAUUGCCUUGGGAAAUAGUUCUCCAAAGCAUGCCAAAAAUAUUUCAUUCAUUUAAUAGGGGAUGUGUUAUGCUUGGGCUGAUUUUACUGAAGAGAGCAUUUAGCUAGACAGCUUCCCAUUGUCUUAGUUUCCUCUCUGGAAAAGGGCUCGCUACUUCAUUGCUGGCUAAGUUUGACGUAGUCAGCCCUUCCUGAGUUCACGCAGGCUGUUUUUACUUCUGUAAUGUCCCAAAGCACAUAGGCAAUGGCCUCUUAAUUCAUUAGUAUCUUGAAGCAGAACAUCCCCCUAAGCAGGAUUUCCUGCUGCAAGGUGUAGCAACGGUAGAAAUAUCUGGCUGGAGCUCAGGGUUGCAUCGAUAGCAUCACCACACCUAUUUUGACAAUUCCACCCAGACUUGUGAUUUGGCUCCCAUGUGAAUUUCUAGCAGACAGUGGAGGCAUGGGAAGGGAAGGGUUUUGUUGUAUGUCAACUGGACAAUAUGACUGUUUCUUUAGGCUUUUGUAUAGGGCGAUGCUUGCUGAAUGGGACUUCAACAACAGAAAAUGUUGCUCAGUAGCAGGGCACUUGGUUUGCAUGCAAAAGGUCCCUUGUUCAAUCUCAGGCAUCUCCAAGGAAGGCUGGGAAAGGUCUCCGUCUGAAACCUUGGAGGGCUUCUUCCAGGCAGAUAAUAUUGAGCCAGAUAGGCCAGUGGCCAUGGUAUAGGACAGCUUCCUUUGUACCUGAUGACCAAUCUGGAAUGUUGGCUAUGCCUACCUGUACCUGUAGGGUGCUGAGGAAUUUCUGUCUUGGGUGUGUUCUGCCCAUGGUAUAUGGCUGUGGUGUUUGAAACGUAGCCAGUGAAGGAGGAGAUCUCCAGUCUGAGAUUUGUAGCUGGCUGACAAAAGAUGUCUUGUAACAUCUUUGUGCUUGUGAAACAUGCAACGAUUCCUUGCUAUGUUGUUCAGCAAUCUAUGUUUCUUUUGAUUAGAUGGAGCAACACUGAGCUUCAAGCCUCAUGCACCUACAGCACUCAUGUAGUUAGACACAUAGUCAAAAGCUGUACUUGAAAGUAGCUGAAUUUGCCAUGAAUGAAGGCUUUAUGUUGCUUACUUUUGAAGUAGGCAUGAAUCAUUGAAAUUCAGUUUGUACCGUACGUUCUUAGAUCUCAGCUGUGACCUUACUGAAGGGGGAAAUGGAAAUAAGCAAAGAAUGAUUCAGAUUUGUUAAAGGGAGAAAUACGUCCUGUUUCACGAAUAUGAAUAGGAGCAACAGGAACUGUCCAACAAUGAAUUUUUUGGGGGAGAUUCCCCAACUAAGUUUGACUCAGAGUAGAUCCAGUGAAAUUAAUGAAUGUAACCAAGUCAACAGGGCACUCUGAAUAAUAUUCAGUUCAAUACCAACAUUUUGCACCAGGUGAAGCUUCUGAAUUAACUUCAAGUGGAGUCCUGCAUAGAGUGGACCAUGUUGCAGUAUGUGGAAUAUGGAAUACUCAGUCCACAAAGAUACAAGAUGAGGGUGGCAAGAUCCCUCUCAUCUAAAAAUUGGUGCAGCCUUCAUCGUGGGCACAUUCACCACAUGUGUAGACUCUUACUGUCAUCAUGUUCCUAUAGGAUAAUAGUAAUCCCAUCAAACACAAAUGGGGAACCCAAGACUAAAAGUAUAUUGAGAAGUGUGACAUCAGUAUGCAUACUGCUCAGUGCAGUAUGUUUCCAAAUACCAGCUGCUGGGAAUCACUGGUGAAGAGAGUGAUCUUGCACUCAGGGCUUCCCAUAGGCAUCUGGCUGGCCGCUGUGAGAACAGGAUGCUGGACUAGAUUGGUCCCAUUUUGCCUGAUGCAGCAGGACUCUUCUUAUGUGUGAUGGAUGCAUGAGAAAGAGGCAGGAAAAAGACAAUGGUGACUUGGGCAGCUGAUUGGAAGAAAGUGAGCUGGAAGGGCCAGGAAGACAGCAAGGGGGGAAAACUUCCAUAGACAUAUGGGAAGUAUUCAAUUUGAUUUGCAUUGAGAAUAGGAAGCAGGAAUAAGCAGCUAACCUCAUCUAAUAGUUUUUCAAAUUUUAUUUUAUUUAUUCAAGUUCUGAACCACCUUUGAUCAUUUGUGAUCUGAGGAUGGCUUGCCACACAGUCACCAAAACACUGAAAACACAAACAUUCAAUCCAAAAGUUUAAUGUCAGCUUAAAACAAUACGAGCCGGACACGUAUCCAUUUCCUGUGCACCUUUGUCAAAUCAAAUAUAUGGAUCUUCAAUUGGUGUCUAAACCCCAAAACGAUGGUGCUAGUCAUGCUUCAAUGACGCUAUUGCUGUCCAGUCUGCAAUUCCUAGAAAACUCAGUUUUCUAUUUUAAGAUGUACUGUUUAAGAUCCAUAAACAUUUGAGAAUGUUUGUAGAUGUGGCUUUGAUAUUGCCUGGAAAAUAAGCACACUCCAUCCAGCAACAGUUUUAAUUUUAUCUCUCUACAGUGAUUACUAUACAAAUGCAACUACCAUUUCUGUGUUUGGGUUGGUUUGAGAUUCACCAAGGAAACAUUAAAUAGUGUUGUCCCUGACAGGUGAUAAACCAUGAAUAGCUGCAGAGUGCAAAACCAAUUCUGCAGUAUAAAUGUUUAUGGCAGACUGUUGAAUUGUACGUGCCUCCUUCAAGGUACUUCCAUUCCAGUCAACCCUUUCCUUGGUUGAAGCCUUUACACACCAUUUCCAGUUUUACAUAUAAACGCUUGUGACUCAGACAACACAGUUUAUCCUUGGAGAGGGCUUCAAAGAUGUCCGUCUGUAUUGUGAGGCAGGAUUUCACCCAAGGGAUACAUAAACAGGAAGACAUUUAGCCAUAAGCAGACAGUGCCCCUAAACACACAACAUUCCAGCAGAUUAACAGGCCAUGAGGAGGCAGGCUGCAGAUCUAGACUCAAGUGGGUUGAGGCCUGUUGCUAGAUGUUUUGAACUGCAGCUCCCACCAUCCCUGCCUAUUGACAAGUGGCUGGAGUUUAUGGGAGGUGUAGCCCACAACAUCUCACUACCAAGGCUAUACACAAUUAUGUGGGAGGAAACCCCCUUGAACUCUGUAGGGCUUACAUCUGAGGAGACAUGCAUGGCCCUUAAAGCCAUCCCUCAUUUAGUCAACAUAUAUUUCUGGGGCCUGUAUAUCCCAACAGAAACACUGCCCCAUGUUGUCCCUGGGAUCUCAAGGUCCCUGUUUAUUAGGGUGGUGGUCCCCUGGUUGAUCUCCACACCCUGAUACCUUCUUCCACCUUUGCAUAGAAAAUGCCAGCAGAAACUAUGGAACUCUGGAACUUGUAGUUUUUGAGAGAACUAUGGCAUAGAGAGACAGGCAUCACUGUCUCUCAAGCUGCAAACCCUCUUGCCUAGAGUAAACCACCAGAAUCAAAAUAUUUAAUCUCUCUCAGACGUCCAGAGGGGCUAUAGCGCAUCAGAAGUAGGACAAAAAAAGGCAGAAACCCAGGACAUUUGUGGUAUAAAAAGUUACAGGAUUUCAACAGAAAGGUACAAUAUACAGUGGUACCUCAGGUUAAAUAUGCUUCAGGUUACAUAUGCUUCAGGUUACAGACUCUGCUAACCCAGAAAUAGUGCUUCAGGUUAAGAACUUUGCUUCAGGAUGAGAACAGAAAUCGGGCUCCAGCGGCGCGGUGGCAGCAGGAGACCCCAUUAGCUAAAGUGGUGCUUCAGGUUAAGAACAGUUUCAGGUUAAGAAUGGACCUCCGGAAUGAAUUAAGUACUUAACCCGAGGUACCACUGUAUGCAGAGAUUGGAAAUGAAGCAGUGUGACUGCCCCAAUACUUUUGCAGGAACCAACAGCAUUGAAAGCAGAAUAGCAUGUGACUGUCCCAAUACCAUCAUGAAUAGACCACAGUCUCUGUGUGCCAUGCACACACAUAUGGGAAGAAGACCAUGAGGCUGUGUGGCGUGCCAAGUUUUCAGAAAUAAGGCGAGUCCCUGGUAUGUCUCUAAGCAGUUCUGUUGCACUUAAAGCUUUUCUAUCUUUACCUACAUAAUCCCUAGAAAAAUCAUCACAAGACUGCAAACACAGUAAUCUGUUAUCAUGGUUGGUUUCCCUGCACAGCUGACAGAGAAUGGAAUCUGCCAGUGGUAUGAAAGCUGGUCCAGGUGACUUGGGAAGCUCUGAAAAGCUGUCAAUAUUAACUUUCCCUGAAUAUACACAGCAAAAUAUGUGUCAACAUGAGACCAUUUUUGUCUUUGUUAUCAAGUGGAUGGAAUGUUAGAAGCUUCCGUGCAGACAGGAACCCGCCAGCCAACUCGUACUAAACACCCAAAAGAAAUUCAGAAAAAGGGAAUAACCCAAUAAAGUAAUUUGGCUGGUUUUUUGUUUUUGUUUUGCUGUUCCAUAGGGAAUUUUAGUCAGUCCUAGGCCACAUUCACACCAUAUACAGUGGUACCUCAGGUUAUGUACUUAAUUCGUUCCGGAGGUCUGUACUUAACCUGAAACUGUUCUUAAGCUGAAGCACCACUUUAGCUAAUGGGGCCUCCUGCUGCUGCUGCGCCGCUGGAGCACGAUUUCUGUUCUCAUCCUGAAGCAAAGUUCUUAACCUGAGGUAAUAUUUCUUAGUUAGUGGAGUCUGUAACCUGAAGCAUAUGUAACCUGAAGCGUAUGUAACCCAAGGUACCACUGUAUUGAAAGCACCAUGAAACCAUGUCAAACAGUCAUGGCUUCCCUUCCAAAGCAUUCUAGAAGCUGUUAAGCAUGCUUAUAGUUCCUAGAGUACUUUGCGAAGAGGGAUUGAUUUCUGACCCAACCAGGAACCAGCUACCCCAGGGUUAUCUGGUUCCAGUGUCGUGUAGUUCCCCUUGCUCCAUCUACUUGUGCUUGAUAAGGAAUGAAGAAUGGCCCUCAUCCAGACCUGGGUUGUCCUGGAAGACCUUUUCAGCACUGCAGCCUAUGUGUGAUCUUCAGAGGAAAGCCGGUCUGGCCCAGCCAUUAGGCAGGGUGAGGCAGCUGCCUCAGGCAGCAUGCCUUUCGGUGCCCUGCUUGCCCUUAUUGGGCAAGACCGUGCCUCACACCAAAUCAGCAUCAUCUUGCUUGGAAUAGGCACCAAUGGUGAUGCUGGUUCUCCGCGAUCGGCAGUUGCAGCAAGGAGUGCAGUGGCAGCUGAGCAGGCAGCAGCAGGAGCAAGUAUGUGGUGGUGGGAGAGCGACAGCAAGGCAAGGUGGCACUUCCUGGUUAGCUUGAAGCGGCAAAAUGGGACGCACUAUAUCUGCUUGAGAGUUCGGUAGUUUAAAGCCUUUCAGUGCCUUUCAGUGAUACGGGUGGUUGUGCCCCCCCCAUAAUUUCAGAUUGCCGGCUCUAUGAAAUCCCAGGGAUAAAAUCCGCAAUAUAUGAAAAUGAAAAGCUUGAAUUGUAGUUGACUCCCCCACCCAUGCAAUUUGGGAUCCUACAAGCAGAAGCAGCUACUUAAGCUGAUAAAAAUCUGUUGAGGUCUUAAAGUGUUGUGACUGAGUAAAUGGAUUAAUUUUGUGGUUUAAGAUAACAAUUGCUUUGGCUGACGCCACCCAAGAAGAUUGCAAUUUGUUGAAAUGUCUCUGUUUGCUUGAGGUGGUUUUCAGGAGGCUGAUCUUAUUCUCAAAUAAUCAGAAAUUUGCUGUGGACUGUUCAAAUUCUCAUCUCCAGCAGUGCUUAUGUAUUUUUGCCCUUUGAAGUUCUUCAGUUGCACAUACUGAGAAACUUGACUCUUGCUUUUGAGUUUUAGCGAUAAAUGGCACCAUGAUGCAUCUUGCUGCUAUUCAACAGCUCCUCCAUCUGUCUUGAGAAAACACCUGAGUCUCCUAAAGGAUAUGGUGAACUGCAAUGCAAAUACAUGUGAAUAACGUGCCGCACUUUGCCUCUCACCUCCAAGGCAAAUUCCCUUGCAACUGUGGUGGGAACUAGCCCUCCACCCAACAUAGCUGUCAACUUACAGAUUUGAAAAUAAGGGACCAGCAGCCUUGAAAAUAAGGGACCAGCAGCCAAAAUAAGGGACCUGCGGCCUCACCUGUUCCAGGCACUCCAGUCUUCCUGUCCUCCUGCAGUCUGGUCAAACUCAUGCUGGUAGCUUCGAGAACACUGUCCAACCAACUUUGUAACCAGAGGUUCAACUGAAUAGAAUCUGAAUCACAUGCACCACAAGGCCUAUGCAGCCUCAACUUAAGAUGGCUCCCCAGCCUGGCUUUGCACUGCAAAGUUUGCAGCAGCACGUGCAACAAAAUGGCAUCCAGCAUUCAAAACCCCCCUCAGCUUGCAUUAACUAGCCACACACAAGGCAUGCAAACUCCACCCCCAGUCGUUCUUAGACUUCUUAUUGGGUGAGCAACACAGCCAAGCAACACAGUUGGAGCCUCCCCCUCCCUGGCCGGCAGGGAGGGAGGGAGAGGAGCUGCUUCCUUUGAAAUUUAAGGGACAUCAUUUAAGGGACAUUUAAGGGACAUCCAUCAAUAAGGGACAGCAGCGGGACAUGGCGCUGGAAUAAGGGACUGUCCCUCCAAAUAAGGGACACUUGACAGCUAUGCCACCCAAUUUCAUGUGGAUGGCAAGGAGAGGAGAAAUUAAGAGGAAACUGGGUGGCCGACGGAGAAAAGGGUGGUAACAGAAUGAGAGAGAGAGAGUGCCUUGCCCACCAUGGACUCUGCCUCCCUGCCAGCAUGUGACCCUCAAGAGAUUACCCUACACACCAGGGACCACGUCCCACUACUGAAAAAAAGGUUCCCUAACUUGCCAUGCACAGUUACACUAACAGAAACAUUGCCCGUAAGACGUGGGCAAUCAUUGUGCCCACAGCCUUACUCAGCCCUUUGUGUUUUAUACAGCUUUAAUCUGCAUUUGAAGGAGAAUAGUAAUAAACCUCAGUGAAUACGGAAGAGAACACAAUUAUCUUUCAAUGGAGAGAAGAUGAUUUGGUAUACAUGACAUGAGGCCACCACAAAGGAGACCACGGUUUCCCAUGGCCUCUUGUUUAAGUUUCGGCAGCAGGGCCUCUUUCGAGCCCUGUAGACUCCACUCCCUUCCUCCUCUUUAUCAUUCUUGUUUGCCAUUUCAUAGUUUGCUUUGUGCUGACUGGGAUAACAUAAAAUGAAAAAUGUGUUUGCUUCCUUCCUGAAGUUUUCAUCGGCAACGCCACUGCCCGUUAUGAGGAAGUCAGGUGCAUGUUUGCUACAAGUAUUGGUCACCUACAGAGAAACCCUAUACAUAUCCACUCAGAAGUAUGUCCCAUAGACUUUUGCCAGAUAAACAGGUGAAGAGCUGUAGCCUGAGGGAGCAACCCUAACUCCCCAUUCCUGCCCCACAGCCUGAUGGGGCUCUGCGGUAUAGCAGGGCCAGCUCUGCAUCUGUAGCCCUGCUGCACGCAGCAGCCAGGGUGGAAGAGGCAGGAACAGGCAGAUUGCUUGCCAGUGGACAUCAUCACAUGAUGCCAGUGGGGCUGGAUGAGGCUCCAGUGAAUCCCAGGCUGGCUCAACCCCACUCGCUGAUGCCCCUAGAAAACCCCACUUUGCUGCUUUCUGAAAGUGGCUGCAGGUUGCAAGAGGGAGCUCCACACCAGUAGAGUGACAGUGGCAGCUGCUGGCAGGUUGGCACAGGCCAGCAGGGCUGGCUGGAAGCACGCCUUUGCCCACUCCAACCUCCCACCCCCAGGUGGGGUGCAGGGAGAAUUCAGACUGCUUUGUGAAUUGUGUAAAAUACUAGGGGGUGAUGAGAUGAUCCCAAAGUGCCCUUCAUCUUGGAAGGCAGGGCUUGGAAGACUGGGGGGGAUCUAUAUUUGAAUGCCUAUAUAUGCUUCUGAAUUAAGAGGAUAUUAUGUAAAAUUUAAAUAAUGGAAUGUUAUACGUACAAGAUUUUGAGGCAAUGAAUGGCUUCCCCAUAGCUUGGCCUUCCCCAUAUUAUCCGCAUGGCUUGGCAUUCAUAAUAGCUACUUUUACCAUUUUUGUUUGUUGUUUUCCAUCGACAGCGUCUACUUUCCUUGCUACGUUGCACUAACAGGAUGCCUCGCAUGUGCUUUGACAGUCCUCGUUUUUUUCCCUGCGCAGACAAAGCCGCAGUUGAAAGGAGAUGCUGCACACCAGAGUGAGUGCUUACUAUUUCUGACCUUUUGGGAUGACCGAUUACGCUUUAAAGACUAAGCUAAAAAGGAUUUAGGUUUGUAAGCCAAACGUGAGCAACUUUUCCAUCUCCCAUUAUCCCUGGCUAUUGGCUGUACCAGGUGGGGUAAUGGGACCCAAAGUCCAACAGCAUCUGGAGGGUCACAGAUUGGUCACCCUCUCUGAUUUUUUAUUAUUAUUAUUAUUAUUAUUAUUAUUAUUAUCAUCAUCAUCAUCAUCAUCACCCAUCCUUUAGCAGGGCAGGUUCCAGGGCAGGUUAUAGCAAUUUAAAAAUACAAUAUUGAAAUCAAUGUAAAGCAAAUGCAAUCAAAAGAAUAGGGUGGCUCCUAAAUAUAUAUCAUCUCUAUAUGUAUAGUCAAAAGGCAGAGUAAAGAGGUGUGUCUUUGGCGUGCGAUGGAAACUCCAGAACAAAGGUACCAGGCACACCUCUGUGGGGAAGGAAUUCCACAACUUAGGGGCUGCCAUGGAAGUGAGGUUAAUCAAUAUCAGGCCUCUGUGUUGGUCCAUUAUAACAAGAACCAGGGGUUCCAUCGAAUGAAAAAUUUAUUAAUACUAACCAGCAUUCUCAGCAGUGAAUACAAGAUUCCACACUACAUGUAUUCUUCUUUAGGUUAACAUAAGGUUAACUGUUUUUUAGAGAUGAAUUAGAUCUCUUCUUUAUCAUGUUAUAGAUGGGCUUUAACAUUUUAAUUUUAUUCUGGUUUUUAUAUUUGGCCUGAAUGUAUGUUUCCCUUUGUAAAAAGCAACUAAUAAAUGCAAAUAAUAAUAAUCAGCGAUAACAGCUAUUCAAGAAAUUAAGCCCUUGUCUGCAGCUUGCUUCAGCUUUAAGAAAGUAAUGGAUAAAAGUUCUUAUAGAAUCUAGGCCCAUAACUGUAUACUUUACACUCGAAUUUCUUGGGAUUAGCACCAAUGAAUUUAAUGGGACUUACUUUUGAAAAGUUGUGCAUAGGAUGUCAAAGAUAAAAUUCUGGAGUGCAUGUCUAUUGCGUGUUCAAUGCAGUCAUGUUCCAUAGGAAAGGCACCUAUGCUAGAGAGAAGAGUGUAGAAAGUGUUCCUAAAGAAAGAAACCAUUGUGCUCAGAUAUCAUAUGACUUCCUUGCUUUCUGGUGCCCACCUGGUUUCCCAGACUUUAACCUGCUUUUUUAAUUUUCCUAGGUGUGUCCGAGUCCACUAG